AUCAUUUGGCACGAGACUUAAAAAUUACAUUCAUAAAAUUCCAAAAAUAUGAAAAAACAGAUUGUUAAGGAGUUCAUAACUGUGAAGAAGGUGCGAUAUCUGCCAAGAGAGGAGCCGCCACCGCCUCCGCCGCCRCCGCGCCGAGUGCUCAUAGUGGGUCGCUGUACCUUGGAUGUCAUCAACAUAUGCAACGAGCAACCAAAGCCCGGCAUCAUCGAGCGCACCGAUGAGGGCUUCUGGCGCCUUGGCGGCUAUGCUCCGAAUACAUGCUGCGUCCUGCGGCGUUUGGGCUCCGCCUGCGAGUUUCUCGGCCAGCUGACCAAGGUGCCCGCCUUCGAGAACCUAAUGAACAGCUUCCAGGCCAUGGGCAUCGAGAUUUCCAAUUGCCCGCGCACCAACCAACAGCCGCCGCAUCGCAUCAUCGUCGCAGUGCGCGGCCAGGUUCAGCAGACGACCGUGGAGUACACCAAUCAUUCACACGAGCUCACCUAUCAGCAAUUCGUGGGCGCCGUUGACUACCGCCAAUACUGCUGGAUACACUUCGAGUCGCGCAACACCGGAGAGACCAUCCGCAUGGUGCGCGCAGUGCGGGCAUAUAAUGAUCGCAGUCCCGACGCUUACAUUGUGCUGUCGGUGGACCUGGCCGACAUGAAGCCCCACAGUUGUCUCAUGGCCGCCUUGGCCGACUAUGUGCUCAUCCGCAAACAGCUUAAGGUGGACAACGGCUACAUGAAUGGCCGAGAGACCGUGUGGGCAGUGCGCGACGUGAUGGAUGUGGCACGCAAGCGCUGGCAGAGUAUGCAGCCAAAGAAGAGCCCAUACAUAACUGAGGACAUACCAGAGCUGGAUCCAGUUACGUGCAGAAAGAUAACAUCUCACCAGCCGAUUAUAAUAUAUGACAACUAUGAAGAGGGCUCCAGUUGCCUAAUGCCCGACGGCAGGUACUUCAAAGUGGGCCCCCACAAGCCGCAAAAGAUCGUCGAUGCCAUUGGCGAGGAGGAGACCUUCGUGGGCGCGUUCAUCUAUGCCAUGCAGGGAGACAAGAUGUCAAUGCGCGAUGCCAUUGAAUAUGCCACACGAGCUGCCUGCUUCAAGGUCUCCAUAUAUGGCUUCGAUCAAAUGCGCUGCAUGCCCAAGGAUCUAGUGGCUUGCUAUCACGCCUGAUGCUUGUUAUUGAUGGUGUU